CCGCCCCCUCGGGAGCUGAAUAGGCUGCGUCCCUACCCGAACGCGCCGCAGAGCCGGGUGCUGGUGACGGCUGCCGCGUUCGCUCGCCCUGUCCGCUCUCCGGCCCGCCGCGCCCCGCAAGCCCGCCCCUCUCCCGGGCCAGGAACUUGCUACCACCAGCACCAUGCCCUACCCAUAUCCAGCACUGACCCCGGAGCAGAAGAAGGAGCUGUCCGACAUUGCUCACCGCAUCGUGGCUCCGGGCAAGGGCAUCCUGGCUGCAGAUGAGUCCACUGGAAGCAUUGCCAAGCGGCUGCAGUCCAUUGGCACCGAGAACACCGAGGAGAACCGGCGCUUCUACCGCCAGCUGCUGCUGACCGCUGACGAUCGCGUGAAUCCCUGCAUUGGGGGUGUCAUUCUCUUCCAUGAGACUCUCUACCAGAAGGCGGAUAAUGGGCAUCCCUUCCCCCAAGUUAUCAAGUCCAAGGGUGGUGUUGUGGGCAUCAAGGUAGACAAGGGCGUGGUCCCUCUGGCAGGAACAAACGGCGAGACUACCACCCAAGGGCUGGAUGGGCUGUCUGAGCGCUGUGCGCAGUACAAGAAGGAUGGAGCUGACUUCGCCAAGUGGCGUUGUGUGCUGAAGAUUGGGGAACACACCCCCUCAGCCCUUGCCAUCAUGGAAAAUGCCAACGUUCUGGCCCGUUAUGCCAGCAUCUGCCAGCAGAAUGGCAUUGUGCCCAUCGUGGAGCCUGAGAUCCUCCCUGAUGGGGACCAUGACUUGAAGCGCUGUCAGUAUGUAACCGAGAAGGUGCUGGCAGCUGUCUACAAGGCUUUAAGUGACCACCAUAUCUACCUGGAAGGCACCUUGCUGAAGCCCAAUAUGGUAACUCCAGGCCACGCCUGCACCCAGAAGUAUUCUCCAGAGGAGAUUGCCAUGGCAACUGUCACGGCACUGCGCCGCACAGUGCCCCCCGCUGUCACUGGGAUCACCUUCCUGUCAGGAGGCCAAAGCGAGGAGGAGGCAUCCAUCAACCUCAAUGCCAUCAACAAAUGCCCCCUGCUGAAGCCAUGGGCCCUGACCUUCUCCUAUGGCCGAGCCCUGCAGGCCUCUGCCCUGAAAGCCUGGGGUGGGAAGAAGGAGAACCUGAAGGCCGCCCAGGAGGAGUAUAUCAAGCGUGCCCUGGCCAACAGCCUCGCCUGUCAAGGGAAGUACACCCCAAGUGGUCAGGCUGGGGCCGCAGCCAGCGAGUCCCUCUUCGUCUCUAACCAUGCCUACUAAGCGGAGGUGUUCCGAGGCUGCCCCACAACACUCCAGGCCCCCACCCCCUCCCACACUCACUCCUGAAGAGGGGGCCUCAUCUGGGGCUCCAGGCUGUCUUUCCCAUCGCUCUUGGCCUCCCUUGUGACAGUGGUGUGCGGUAUUGUCUGUGUAUGCUAACGCUAUCACCCUUUCUAGCCCACUGCCAAUAAACAACUAUUUAAGGGGGAA